AUGCCGAACUUCAGAGGUCUCAGUGUACCGUCAGUACGGUUGGUAUUGUCAUACAUCUUCGAUUGGAUAUGCAUCAUAGCUAUCGCCGCCGUUGGUGCAGGAUGGGAGUUUUUGACACCCUACAAGCGACCAUUUUCCCUUGUCAACCUCGACAUAUCGUACCCCUUCGAGAACCAUGAGACCAUCCCAACAUGGCUCUUGGUCGUGAUCGCUCUCGUUAUCCCAGCCGCCAUCAUCUUCCUAGUCUGCAUUAUUUUUGUCCCAGGCCCAACAGCCAGCCGCGGCACACCGAAGUCGCUCGUUUGGAGGAGGAAGCUUUGGGAAUGGAACACAGGCUGGAUGGGUCUUGCGCUGUCGCUCGCGACGGCCUUUCUGGUCACCCAGGGCAUGAAGUUGUUGUUCGGAAAGCCGCGGCCUGACCUCCUCUCCCGCUGCAAACCAAAUUUGAGCCGACUCGGAACCGCAGCCAUCACCAACUACGUAGGCCAAGACACCGCGGUUGACUUCAACCCGGCGUGGGUCAUGGUCACGGAUGCUAUAUGUACCAACACGGAUGAGGCCAUCAUGAAAGAUGGAUUCAAGUCGUUCCCCAGCGGUCACGCCAGCUUCUCCUGGGCAGGUCUGCUCUACUUGACCUUGUUCCUUGCGUCCAAGUUCUCCAUCGCGAUUCCGUUCCUUGCACCGCGGCCCUUCUCCACGAACCCAGCAUACACCUCCGCUGUCACACCGUCGAACCUCAGGAAGCGCGCCUCGACUAGUCGAUCACUCCUUCCGGUUCACAAGCAUGAGGCACCACUCUCAGCUCCCGAUUACAAUGAGAACGAUAACGUAGUACCUAUCCGCUAUCAAUCGGCCGCGCCACCUGUCUAUACUCUCGUUCUAAUCUUGACACCAGUUGGAACCGCAAUCUACGUCGCGAGCACUCGCUUCACAGAUUUCAGGCACUUUGGUUUCGACUUGCUCUUUGGCAGCUUCAUCGGUAUCACGACCGCAUGGUUCUCGUUCCGCUGGUACCACCUUCCCGUCACACGCGGAGCCGGCUGGGCCUGGGGACCAAGGAGCUAUGGUCGCGCCUGGGGCAUUGGUGUUGGUGUUGGCAGUUAUGUCGGCACCGAAGGAUGGAGUCGCCAGGGAAAGAGCGAGACGCAAAGUAAUGGCUAUGCAGGAGAGGCAACUAGCCAGGAUGGCAUUAUUGAGAUGGAGAGGCAGGAUGGUAUGAGGCAGAAUGAUGCCACAACAUCAGAUGAGCCCAUAUAUGUGCCUCAUGUUGGAGAUGUGCGUGCUCAGGAUUCGCACGCCAUUUAG